AUGUACUUCUCCUUUUGGGGCCUGGACAGUUUCAAUUCAAACACCCAGAUGAUCUCCUGCAGAUUGCAAAGUGACUUCUUCUCUAUGCUGAAACUGCAGUUUGAUCUGUGGAAAAGUAAGAAACCUCCGCAGACUGAAUACGGCGGUGACAAAGGCCGUGUCCAGAGAGCUGAGUACGGAGAACUUCUUGGAGUGGGUUUCUCCUCAGGGUCAGUGGUGUUUCCUGGACGCUCUGUAGAAGCACAUACGUUUGCGAACCUCUCUCUGCAGCGAGUCCGGGAGCAGAGGCACCUGGGAGUGUAG